CGCGGCGGGAGCGGCGGCGCAAAGUGAAACUCUGGGAAGUUGCGGGCGCGCGGGGAGCUGUCGCGGGCAGCGCGCCCUCGGGGGGACGUGGCCCCGGCCUCCGCCCGCAGCGGGCCCGACCCUCAUGGCCCUGAGCAAAGGGAUGCGGCUGCUGGGGCGCCUGGGGGCCGCGGGGGACUGCAGCGUGCUGCUGGAGGCGCGCGGCCGCAGCGACUGCUUGCUGUUCGAGGCCGGCACGGUGGCCACGCUGGCUCCAGAAGAAAAGGAAGUCAUUAAAGGACAGUAUGGCAAGCUCACGGACGCGUACGGCUGCCUGGGGGAGCUCAGGCUGAAAUCUGGUGGCACGUCUCUGAGCUUCCUGGUGUUGGUGACAGGUUGCACAUCUGUGGGCAGAAUUCCAGAUGCUGAAAUCUACAAAAUCACCGCCACCGACUUUUACCCUCUUCAGGAAGAGGCCAAGGAGGAGGAACGCCUCAUAGCUCUGAAGAAAAUCCUCAGCUCGGGGGUGUUCUAUUUCUCAUGGCCCAACGACGGGUCUCACUUUGACUUGACUGUCCGCACGCAGAAGCAGGGGGACGACAGCUCUGAGUGGGGGAAUUCCUUCUUCUGGAACCAGCUGUUGCACGUGCCCUUGAGGCAGCACCAGGUGAGCUGCUGUGACUGGCUGCUAAAGACCAUCUGCGGAGUGGUGACCAUCCGCACUGUGUACGCCUCCCACAAGCAGGCCAAGGCCUGCCUCAUCUCUCGCGUUAGCUGUGAGCACACAGGCGCUCGCUUCCACACCUGUGGCGUCAACGACGAUGGCCAUGUGUCCAACUUUGUGGAGACAGAGCAGACGAUUUACAUGGACGAUGGAGUGUCAUCUUUUGUCCAGAUCAGAGGCUCCGUUCCGCUGUUCUGGGAGCAGCCAGGGCUUCAGGUUGGCUCCCAUCAUCUGAGACUCCACAGAGGCCUGGAAGCCAACGCCCCUGCUUUCGACAGGCACAUGGUGCUUCUGAAGGAGCAGUACGGGCAGCAGGUGGUCGUGAACCUUCUGGGAAGCAGAGGCGGAGAGGAGGUACUCAACAGAGCCUUCAAGAAGCUGCUCUGGGCUUCUUGCCACGCAGGCGACACGCCUAUGAUCAAUUUUGACUUCCAUCAGUUUGCCAAAGGCGGGAAGCUAGAGAAAUUGGAGACCCUCUUGAGGCCACAGUUAAAGCUGCACUGGGAGGACUUUGAUGUGUUCACGAAGGGGGAGAACGUCAGUCCACGUUUUCAGAAAGGCACUUUGCGGAUGAACUGUCUUGACUGCCUGGACCGAACCAACACUGUGCAGAGCUUCAUCGCGCUCGAGGUCCUGCAUCUGCAGCUCGAGACCCUGGGGCUGAGUUCAAAACCCAUUGUUGACCGCUUUGUGGAGUCCUUCAAAGCCAUGUGGUCUCUGAAUGGCCACAGCCUGAGCAAGGUGUUCACAGGCAGCAGGUCCCUGGAAGGGAAGGCCAAGGUGGGGAAGCUGAAGGAUGGAGCCCGGUCCAUGUCUCGAACCAUCCAGUCCAACUUCUUCGACGGGGUGAAGCAGGAGGCCAUCAAGCUGCUGCUGGUUGGGGACGUCUACGGCGAGGAGGUGGCAGACAAAGGGGGCAUGCUGCUGGACAGCACAGCGCUCCUGGUGACUCCCAGGAUCCUGAAAGCUAUGACUGAGCGUCAGUCUGAAUUCACAAAUUUCAAGCGGAUCCGGAUUGCCAUGGGGACCUGGAACGUGAAUGGAGGAAAGCAGUUUCGGAGCAACCUGCUCGGGACGGCGGAGCUGACCGACUGGCUGCUCGACUCGCCCCAGCUCUCGGGCGCUGCCGAAUCCCAGGAUGACAGCAGCCCAGCUGACAUAUUUGCUGUGGGGUUUGAAGAGAUGGUGGAAUUGAGCGCAGGGAAUAUUGUCAAUGCCAGUACUACCAACAAGAAGAUGUGGGGUGAGCAGCUUCAGAAAGCCAUCUCACGCUCUCAUAGAUACAUUCUCUUGACUUCGGCACAGCUGGUGGGCGUCUGUCUUUAUAUCUUUGUACGUCCAUACCAUGUCCCGUUCAUCAGGGACGUGGCCAUCGACACAGUGAAGACGGGCAUGGGGGGCAAGGCGGGGAACAAGGGCGCCGUCGGCAUCCGCUUCCAGUUCCAUAGCACCAGCUUCUGCUUCAUAUGUAGCCACCUGACAGCCGGACAGUCCCAGGUGAAGGAGCGGAAUGAAGACUACAAGGAGAUCACCCAGAAACUCUGCUUCCCAAUGGGGAGAAAUGUUUUUUCUCAUGAUUAUGUAUUUUGGUGCGGCGAUUUCAACUACCGCAUUGAUCUUACUUAUGAAGAAGUCUUCUAUUUUGUUAAACGCCAAGACUGGAAGAAACUUCUGGAAUUUGAUCAAUUACAACUACAGAAAUCAAGUGGAAAAAUUUUUAAGGACUUUCACGAAGGAGCCAUUAACUUUGGACCCACCUACAAGUAUGAUGUCGGCUCAGCCGCCUAUGAUACAAGCGACAAAUGCCGCACCCCUGCCUGGACAGACAGGGUGCUGUGGUGGAGGAAGAAACAUCCCUUUGAUAAAACAGCUGGAGAACUCAACCUUCUGGACAGUGAUUUAGAUGUUGACACCAAAGUCAGACACACCUGGUCUCCUGGUGCCCUCCAGUAUUACGGCCGUGCGGAGCUACAGGCGUCUGAUCACAGACCCGUGCUGGCGAUCGUGGAGGUGGAAGUUCAGGAAGUCGAUGUGGGUGCCCGGGAGAGGGUUUUCCAGGAAGUAUCCUCUUUCCAGGGCCCCCUGGAUGCCACUGUUGUAAUAAAUCUUCAGUCACCGACCUUAGAAGAGAAAAACGAGUUUCCUGAGGACCUGCGUACUGAGCUCAUGCAGACCUUGGGGAAUUAUGGGACAAUUGUUCUUGUCAGGAUCAACCAAGGGCAGAUGCUGGUGACUUUUGCAGACAGUCACUCGGCUCUCAGUGUGCUGGAUGUGGAUGGUAUGAAGGUGAAAGGCAGAGCAGUGAAGAUUAGACCGAAGACGAAGGACUGGCUGAAAGGUUUGCGAGAGGAGAUCAUUCGGAAACGAGACAGCAUGGCCCCCGUGUCUCCCACUGCCAACUCCUGUUUGCUGGAGGAAAACUUUGACUUCACAAGUUUGGACUAUGAGUCAGAAGGGGAUAUUCUUGAAGAUGAUGAAGACUACUUGGUGGAUGAACUCAGUCAGCCUGGAGUCUCCGACAGUGAACUUGGGGGAGACGACCUCUCUGAUGUCCCUGGCCCCACAGCACUGGUUCCUCCCAGCAAGUCACCUGCUCUCACCAAAAAGAAGCAGCAUCCAACGUACAAAGAUGACGCGGACCUGGUGGAGCUCAAGCAGGAGCUGGAAGCCGUCGGGGAGUUCCGCCACCGUUCUCCGAGCAGGUCUCUGUCGGUCCCCAACCGGCCUCGGCCACCUCACCCCCCGCAGAGACCCCCCCCUCCAACCGGUUUAAUGGUGAAAAAGUCGGCUUCGGAUGCGUCCAUCUCCUCCGGCACCCGUGGGCAGUAUUCAAUUUUGCAGACCGCAAGACUUCUGCCAGGAGCACCUCAGCAACCACCCAAGGCCCGGACUGGAAUAAGUAAACCUUACAAUGUCAAGCAGAUCAAAACCACCAAUGCCCAGGAGGCAGAAGCAGCAAUCCGGUGUCUCCUGGAAGCCAGAGGAGGCACCUCAGAAGAAGCCCCAAGUGCCAUGGCCCCGAGGGCCCCCGAAGCAUCGUCUGAACCAGAGCCCACACCGGGGGUGGCCAAACCAGAGACCCCACAGGCACCCCUGCUCCUGCCCCGCCGACCCCCACCCAGAGUUCCUGCCAUCAAGAAGCCAACCUUGAGAAGGACAGGAAAGCCCCUGUCACCGGAAGAACAGUUUGAGCAACAGACUGUUCAUUUUACAAUCGGACCCCCGGAGACAAGCCUUGAGGCCCCUCCUCUCGCGACAGUCCCUCAAGUCCCUCCUGUUCCCAAACCAAGAACAUUUCAGCCUGGGAAAGCUGCAGAGAGGCCAAGCCAUGGAAAGCCGGCGUCCGACGAAGCCCCUCCUGUGGCAGGAGCCUCCGUGCCGCCACCUCUGGAGGCACCAUCUCUUGUGCCCAAGGUCCCCCCGAGGAGGAAGAAGUCAGCCCCCGCAGCCUUCCACCUGCAGGUCCUGCAGAGCAACAGCCAGCUCCUCCAGGGCCUCACUUACAACAGCAGCGACAGCCCCUCUGGGCACCUGCCUGCCGUGGGCGCCGUUCUCCCACAAGGGGACUUACUCAGCACUUCAUCUGCUACAAGCCCCGACAGCGAUGGCACCAAAGCGAUGAAGCCAGAGGCAGCCCCUCUUCUUGGUGAUUAUCAGGACCCCUUCUGGAACCUUCUUCACCACCCUAAACUGUUGAAUAACGCUUGGCUUUCUAAGAGCUCAGACCCUUUGGACUCAGGGACCAGGAGCCCUGAAAGGGAUCCCAUAGACCCAGUGUCAGUUGGCACUUCAGCUGUGAAGGCGGAGCUGCCACUAGAUCAUGAACACAAAACCUUGGGUCACUGGGUGACAAUCAGUGACCAAGACAAGAGGACAGCACUGCAGGUGUUUGACCCACUGGCAAAAACAUGACUGAGCGGCUUUGAAGGCCGCCCUCCAGUAGAAUGCAUACCUUUCUCCCUCUAGGCCUCGCUCCACCAGAAGAGACACCUAUUUAAAGGCACACUGGCCAAAACAUUUGUGCAUCUGUCACUCUUGUGUCGUUUACAAAAAUCAUGUCUCUUAUUCAGUAAGAUGGUUAGUCAGCCACCAAAAUAUCUUUCACUCAAGACUUGUACAUCUCAAGUUUCCUCUUCAAAGAGUGGGAACCUUCCUGUUAAAUUUGGUGUAUGGAUUUUAAGAAAGGAAUCUAGCGGAUGAGGCCCAAGGAGUUCUCACCCAUUGAGUUUUUAAAUGGUUGUUCAGUUCAUGUUGUACGUGGUGGGGAUUUGUCUUUUGUUUUAUUUGUAUUUUACAGAUUUGGUAUAACAUUUUGGGGAGCCACCUGAAGGUUGAUGUAUAAAGUAAGGAUUAGAGAAAGAGGUCAUUGGGACCAUUAAUAGCUGUCCUGGCCCACUUAAGGUUACAAAAAUCAGAGUCAACCUAAUGACUAGACAGUACAUUCCCAUGAGCCUUCGUGUUUAACUGUGUACAUGUGCAUUAACCUUGAUGAUGGGUGAAUCCCCGGGGAGCUGGGGUCAUACACCGUUUUGCCUUUAAAGCAUAUAUUAUUAGCUUAACCUUAUUUUAAACUAGCUGAAGGCUCCUGUGCCGUGUCUUAGACAUUGCAUCCCCUUUCAAUUACUAUAAUCCUGAGCCAUGGUGUGCUACUGAAACCAAUUUUUAUCCACCAUCUAGUCCUUAUUAAAUGAAACCUGACAGAUCCUUUUUUCCACUUAUAUUCCAUGCAUACCACAUAAAAGCACACAGUGUGAAAACUCGUGCUCACACGUGAUAUUGAUUCUCAUUGUUAGAAUAUGGAGAGUGUUUCAACCUCAUCUGUCUGGCUGGAGCUUCAGGAUGGAAAGUGCUAUGUGUCCCUGCAUAUAAGAAUCCCCAGGCCAGUGUUUCUGGGUUUGCUUGUCCAUAUGUUUAUUAGGUUUAUUUUUUGCCUAUACAUUUUUCCCACAUUUCCAAUAGCACUUCUCGCCUAUUCAAUAAUUGAAAAAGACAUUACCAUAGUGCUUUACAUUUUUAAAGAAAUGUUACAAGGUCUAGAAUCCAUUUGGAGCAGAUACCAUGUUUUUGCUAUUUAAUAAGAAGGUCACUGGUAAAAUCUUACUGUACCGCCUGUCGUAUCUGGGAGCCUGGUACAGAGGCUUGUACAGCCGUGAUCAAGUGUCAUCCCUCACAUGACUGGGGAAUGUCCUAAACACUGACUGCUAGGAUGGUAAGGAUCAUCUUGCCUGGGCUAUGCCACUCUCUUGUUACCAAUUAGACAUCUGGAAUUUCAGAAUUAGUUUUCAUUGUCACUAUCAAGAUAUAUUGCAGAUUACUUAAAUCUGGCCAUCAAAACAAGUUACAACACAUAUCUCUUUUCAUCUGAAAACUAAUACCUGGAAAAGGAUAAAGGAAAAAGGAAUCCAUGACCCACAGAGUUAGACAGAUAAGAUGCAUUGUUCACCAGUCAUAAAAGGCAAUGUUUAAGUGAUCAGGAUUCCUUUAGUGGCAGUUACGUGCUUUAUAUGACUUUUACCUCCAUAACAAACACAAGAAAUAAACAGAAUGGUCCUUAACAGAGUUUGGGGGAGAGAGCAAGAUGGGUUGCUUGGAGAAGCUGAUUUGCCAAGAUACUCAUCGCUAUUAACAGGCAGAGUCAUAAAUGAAAUGAAAUUGAAGAAUUCAUUCAAAUACUCUUUUCCCUAUAACCUCUUUUCUCACCAAAAAGGAGGUGAAUUUGAAAACAGAUAAAUGUAACAACCAGUCAAAGAAGCAGGGGAAAAGUAAGCUCCUGCAAAGUUGCUUGCAGUGCUGGAAAUAGAUCGCAUUUUUAGGUUUUCUCCUUGUUCCAGAUAGCACAUAAAUGGGACAGAGAAUAAAGUUUCUGCUAAAAUAGGUGCUCAUUUCCUAAGUAGCUCUUCAGAGUCUGACCUUAAGUAAAAAUACACAGAAUUGUGUUAACUUGGGGAGGUGAAUCACAAAGAAGUUACAAGGAUUUUAAGAGUUAAAUUGUUACUUGAUCGUGACUGUCAAUUUUAGUGAACAACAUAGAUUGGAUUUGGAGUUGGUAGUAGGUAUGGUUCUCAUACCGAAUUCUCUUAAAAAAAAAAAAAAAGACAAUUGGAAUUGCCUUAUUUAUUUUUAAAAUCAAUACUUACUAGCUGGUAGGAUUCCCAGGUCAGCAGCAGAGUUGACUAAAUAAUCUUGACAAUGAGCAGCUGCCAUCUUGGGGACUUCAUUCUGUGGUUUUUUAAAUAUUUCAUCUUUGAUGCUACCAUCCAGGGCUGCUUGUUGUGACCUUGUAGCUUAUUUUGUUCCUGCUGUUUUCUAACGUGGUGCAGUUCACGCAGACUGGUUUAGGUACUUCACAACUCACCAUUGUCUCUCUGACCCCAAGCCUAGUCCCUUUGACAUCACCAUCUUCUCAGAUUUCUUGCCUAUUCUUAAAAUAUGUUUUGGUUAAUGAUUGAAUUAGGACAUCAGCUCAAGCAAUUCCUGUAACAGUUUAAAGUUGUUGAAGUUCAAGGCACAUAAUAAAAUUCUCUCUGAUGUGUGUGUAAGUAUAAACAAAGUACUGUAUCAAAGCGUUUGCUUUAUAAUGAAGUCAUUUCAUUGGGAAGGAAAGCUGCAAAGACUAUUGGGGGACUAGUCAUUAAUAAAAUCCUGUAAUAUUUUUUGAAGUGAAAAUUUGUACUGAAGUUGUACUUAAUACCUAUUAAAUGUUUUUGUCUUUUUUUAAA